AUGUUGGUGUACGUAUACGACCUUGUGAUCACCGGCUCGUCUCAAGCAAUUGUAGAUCAGCUUGUACAACACAAGUAUGCGUCUGAUAUUCUUCAUAGAGCUCACAUGGAGAAUUGUAAGAGUGUCUCAACUCCUAUGUUUGUCACUGAUAAGCUUGCGAAAGAUUCUGGAAAGUUACUAAAUGAAGAUGAUGCUUUUAAGUACCGCAACAUGGUUGGAGGAUUACAAUACCUCACUUUAACAAGACCUGUUAAGCGUAUACUUAGAUACAUAAAAGGUUUGAUGAAUACUGGGUUACACAUCAAGAAGUCCAAUUCAAAAUUGUUAAGUGUAUUCACAGAUGCAAAUUGGGCAGGCUUCCUAGACUAUCGAAGGUCCACGGGAGGAUUUGCGGUGUUCGUAGGUCUAAAUUUGAUUUCGUGGAGCUCACGCAAGCAACCUACAGUAUCUCGUUCUAGUACAAAACCAGAGUAUAAACCCUUGGCGAAUGUCACAACUGAAGUAAUAUGGGUACAAUCAUUACUUAAAGAGCUUGGGGUAUGUCAACCUAGAUCACCGGUGCGGUGGUGCGGCAACUUGGGAGCUACUUAUCUUAUAGCGAAUCCAGUUUUUCAUGCAAGAACCAAACACAUUGAAGUUUACUUCCAUUUUGUCAGAGAAAAGGUAGCUGGAGGAGCUUUGGAUGUACGGUUUAUAUCCUCUAAUGAUCAAAUUGUGGAUGGUUUUACCAAGUCGGUUACACAUGCUAUGCUCGAGAAAAUGAAGUACAAUCUUAACCUUGUACCGGUCAAGAUUGAGGGGGAAUGUAAACAUAAUAGAGUUAGCCAAUAA